AUGCUCGAUGUACGGAGCAAGACGGCUGUGAUAGGCAUUCUGGCCAAUGGGACUUCAAGACCACCGAAGGGGGAUCUUGGCCCAUAUAUUGCUGGCGCCAACAUCCCUACUCAGGCCACAACAGCCAGGGUUGAUGCAACGCCAUGCGACAACGGGAAUAUUCACACAAAAGCGACCAAUAUGAGGUGGGACGCUGGAUGCAUGCUGUCGCAGCACUUCCAUUAUCACGGCGAAAGGAUGGGCCGCUGCCUCUUCCUCUCACCACCUAUGCAGCCGCCAUAUAUCUCCGUUCUUCAUUCCGUUGUUCAAACCCCUGCCAUGCAGUUUCGGUUUCUUGUCAGCAUUGUGGGUGUUGUUGACCAUCUCUCGGCUGUCCACAUGGUGCCUCUUGGAGGCCAAAUUCCACUUGCGGGCCUCGUCGUCCUAGUCUGGGACAUCGAGAUAAAGCUUCGGUCUCUGCGUUAA